AUGGAUUUCCAAAAAUUUCAGAAUUUUCAGACUUUUCAGAUUUUUCAAAUUUUCAAAAUUGAAAUUCCAAGAACGUGCCAAACUGUGUCGCCUCAAAAAUCAAAUCUAGGCCGCCACAAAAAAGUGCCAACUCAAAAAAAAAGCCAAAAAGCCACCAACUCCCCCAAAAACGGUCAGUUUCAAAAUCGAUCUCUCCAAUCUUCGAGUAAUAGUGCUCGGAAAACAAUGCAUCGGAAAACAAACCCAGCAAAACAAGGCGUAAAGCUGCACAGGAACGGAUUUCGUAAAAAGCAAGAAAGAAAGAAAUGUGAAGAUACAAUUGUUGAGGAUGAAAAUGAGCAGCCAGAGAAGAAGAAGACCUCGAAAGAGGACAAAAAAUCGACAUCGGCGGAGCCAAAAAAGCCAAAAUCGAGAGAAAGGGAGCGGACUUCUAAAGAAAAACGAAAAUCGUCGGCAGAGGUGACAGAGAAGGAAAAAGAGCCGGAAAGUCUGAAAAUCGCUAGAGCUGCGAAGGUGUUCUGUAAAUAUCUUCUCGAUAUGAAAGAAUCCAGUCUGAGCACCUAUUUCGAUGAGCAUUUGGCCCGCUAUCAACCCGCCGAUCAAACGUCGACCGAAUGGGACAAAAAUAUGUCAAAGAAUAGAUCUAAAAAUCAAAAACUCUAUGAUAAGACACGUGUUCAGUUGAAAUGUCAGUCUCCAGAAGAUUCGGAAUACAUUAACGCCAGUGUUGUGAAGUUUGAUGGGUCCGACACAGAAUUCAUCAUGACACAGUAUCCCAUGUGGGAGACGGUCCGCGAUUUUUGGAGAAUGGUCUCACAACGAAAAGCUCUGAGAGUUAUUACUAUUUUUGAGCCUUUUGUCGACGAGUCGAUCGCUGAGUGGAAUAAGGUUCCAAGUGUGAUGUCAUCCCCGGCCACGCCCCUUUCUGCAACUGAGCUUCAGCCGGAAGACGAGGCGAAACCUCAAACUCGUGAUCAAAUUGUGAACAAUUCUGUUAGAUGCGAAUCCACCCAAAUCAAGUCAUUCUUUCCACUCUACUCGGAGCACUACAUGAAUCUCAACGGAUGGCUUAUCAAUACGCAGCGAAUCGAAAUUGACGAACGGGAUAAGACAUGGGUCAACACUUAUACCAUCGAGAUAGUUGCCGAUGGGUGUAGUGAGGCAAAUUACGUCCGCGUCUUCAACUGCACAACGUGGCCGUGGAAGAAGGUUCCAAAUGAGGAGAAGAAGUUGUUGGCAUUGGUUAGAGCACCGUGGAAGGAUAUCCAUCCGGGAACUCAACCAAACGAUCCGGUAGUGGUGAUGUGUGAUUUGGGUCUCGACCGUUCGGCUACCGUAGUCCUCACCGCGAUUCUCAUUGAGAUGGUUUUGGCUGGAAAGGCGCCAGAUUGUGAUGCACUAUUUAAGAAAAUGAGGGAUCAGCGAGCCGGAUGCUUUACAAUGUCAAUGUUCUACACUUAUGCAAUUCGUGCCGCCCUGACUUAUUUGAAAAUCAAAUUCCGUCAAAUGCAAGACAUUCCAGAUGACGUUAAGGCAAUGUUGGGCGAGGCAUUGAAUAAGGUUCCAUUCGUUAAAAAAAUUUAG